GUAUGACUUGGGCCUUCGGAUCAUGAACAGCGGUUAAAAUGUGUUGCCUAAGCCGAACUCUCGAAGCUAGAAUAAUUGGAACUCUAGGAGUAUCCUCCUCGAUCCUGAUGAUAAAUAUCCUGGUGAGCGACUUCUUCUCCAGGGAUAAGGACGACGAGUUGCUGGGCAUCCUGCAGACAUGGGCGCAUUUAGGAAUGAAUUGGACGCAGAUGAUGAAAAAUUCCCGACUGGAGAAAAAGAUCGAGACCAUUUUAAUCUGCUUUCUGGUCUAUGCCACGCUCUUUCUGCUUGCCAGCUCCUACUUAAUACUGGGAUCAGUCGCAAAAAAACGAAAAUAUGCCAAACCUUGGUUAUUCCUACAAGCGAUUGGCAUCAUAGACCAAUUUCUUGCAUUCAUGGCGUACAUAACUCGCAACUCACCUACGGAUGACCAAUUUGCCUUAUAUAUUCCAACAUACAUCAUGUAUAUGCUUGUCAGUCUGUAUUUCUGGUUGGCGGUGUUCGAAGCGCAAAAGACAUGGUCUCCGGUUCCUUUGACUAUUCCGCAGCAUAUUGACAACCGUGAAGUUACUACUAAUUCCACGACCGACUCGGUCGUGACGAAAACGCCAUCAUUCCUGGCGAACAAUUACUCGUUUUUCGGCCCCCCGUUGUCAUCGAAUCCUCCGAAACAUGAACAGGUUUAGGGAUCUGCUGGGCUGAUCGUGAAAACCAUUCUUAAGACUCGACCACGUCAAGUAUUCCAAGCGAGCUUUGUAGCUUUAAUGACGCUAUUUUAACACGUACUCGGUCUUCGUCCCGCUCCAGCGAAGGCUUUAGCUAGGUUACGAAACUUUAAUCUUAACACUGAAAUUAAUUAUCCCGGUAAUCGUAGUGAAAUUAGUAACGUCAAAAAUAAAUUAAUCGACACGAAGUGACAUCA